AUGCAUGGGUUCCUUCAAACUUUUUCUGAUGUUUUGUUUCAUCAGCUUGAUGUUUCUGAUCCUGCUAGUGUUCUUUAUUUAGCUCAAUUCAUCAAGACAAAGUUUGGAAGGCUUGAUAUCUUGGUUAAUAAUGCUGCAAUUUUAGAAAUUGAGCUUGAACCAGAUGCCACGGAUUUACUCAAACAAGUAACUGAUCUAUAUGAAAUGGCAAAAGAAUGCUUGAACAUAAACUAUUAUGGAACAAAGAGUGUCACAGAGACACUCAUUCCUCUUCUUCAGUUAUCUCUUUCACCAAACAUUGUCAAUAUCUCUGCUCUUUAUGGACAGUUAAAUUUCAUUCAUACUAAGAACAUCCAAAAGGAGUUGAGUGAAGUGGAUGAUCAAACAGAAGAGAAAAUUGAUCAAAUGCUGCAGAAAUUUCUGAAUGAUAUGAAGGAAAACAAGUUGGAAGAGAAUGAAUGGCCAACUCAAUUAGCUGCAUACAAGGUUUCUGAAGUGGCCUUAAACACAUACAAGUUAAAACAGAUAUGA